AUUACAAAACAACGUGAAGCGUCCAGUGCUUGCGAGAGCUUGCCUACUGUCUUGGUAUAUAGCUGGGCAAAUCCUUUAUCCGCUGUAUGAAGCUGUCUCCAAACCUCUCCACAACACUCCACAAAGCGUGUGUAUCCGUUGGAAAAGAGAUCCGUUGGGACGUAGAGCAGACCCUUAACAUACCCUGUUUCCAUUCAAAGCUGGCGCUGUCCAUCUGCCACUCUCUCAUCGUAAAGACGUCUACCCAAAGCUGAAGCUACACCUACCUCCCGAACAAUUGUAAUCAGUGAACCCAUCGCAAUGUCCUCCACACAACAGACGGAAGUGCCAGACACCUCGAGCGUCGAGCGUCAUGGCUACCUGUUUGGCUACCCGAUCGCCCAUUCCAUGUCACCACUCUUCCACAAUACCGUGUACGCAAAUCUUGGCUUAGACUGGAAUCAAUUCUACCUCGAAUCUAAGGACAUGGAUUUAUUCUUGAAGGUCCGGCAAGAUCCUAAGUUCUACGGUGCAUCAGUAACCAUGCCACAUAAGAUGGCGAUCCUCUCGCACCUUGACGAAAUUACAGAUGAAGGCAGGGAAGUCGGCGCUGUCAACACACUCUUUCUCAAGGAAGACCCAACAACAGGAAAGCGGAUAUUCUGCGGCACAAACACUGAUGUCGUUGGCGUACGAGAUGCUUUCGUCUACAACGUCAAAGACGCCGCGGCAGUCUACGAGAACCGACCGGCCAUGGUAGUCGGAGGCGGUGGUGCGGCCCGAAGCGCGGUCUACGCGCUGAGGAAGUGGAUGAAAGCAAGCAAGAUCUACCUCGUCAACCGAGAUCGCGACGAGGUCAAGGCCGUCAUUGACGAGUGUACGGCGCGAGGCUUUGGCGACUCCCUUAUCGACGUUUCGACCGUUGCGCAGGCUGAACAGCUCGAGGGCGUGGGUGCGAUCGUAGCAUGCGUACCGGACUUCCCGCCCAAAACGCCAGAGGAAAAGGAGGCAAGGGCCGUGCUCGAGACGUUCUUGAACAAACCACACAAGGGAGCUAUCCUGGAGAUGUGCUACCACCCGUCGCCAUGGACAGAGAUUGCGGGCAUCAGCGAGAAGGCUGGUUGGCAGCUCAUCUUGGGCACUGAAGCUAUGAUCUAUCAGGGUCUGGAGCAGGACAGGUACUGGACAGGAAAGCCAGUGUCCGAGCUGCCAAAAGCUCAAGUUCAGGCGGUUAUCGCGGCUAAGCUGGCUGAGGCGCACCAUUAGCUGCGGGGUAUAAAAGUACUGCUUCCAGUCUUCGUUCUUGUAUGGGAUCUUUAUAGACUUCUUAUAUGCUGUAACGCCGAAUUUCAUGAUAAC